CUUUUCUGCUGGCUUUCCUUUGUCUUUUGAACUUUCACACCAUCUCGUGUGCUCUUUAGGUUAACAUGAAGUAAAACAGCGUGGAUAGUGGAUGAAAAGUUCUUAUUAGUCGUUAAUAUGGGGAAGACGACCAAAAAGCGAAGCGUGGCUGACAAAGUUCGCAAAGUUAAGACCUCCACCGAGAUCAAGAACAACCCAUUUGAGGUGAAAAUUAAUCGCAAGAAAUUCGAUGUGCUGGGGAGGAAAAGCAAGCAUGAUGUCGGCCUCCCUGGAGUGUCUCGCUCCAAGGCUAUCAACAAGAGGAAGGAGACACUCUUGAAGGAGUACAAGCAGAAAAACAAGAGCAACAAACUCAUUGACAGGCGCAUUGGGGAGUAUGACACCAAAAUGGAGCCCGAAGAAAAGAUCCUGCAGAGGUUUGCCAUAGAGAGGCAGCGCGCCCAUGAGAAGAAGAACAUGUUCAACCUGAACGAGGAGGAGGAGCUGACUCAUUACGGACAAUCUCUGUCCGAAAUGGAGAAGUUCACUGACAUGGUGAACAGCGACGAUGAGUCGGAUGAGAAAGGACUUUUGUCGGCCGAGCUGACGGCCUCUCACUUUGGCGGCGGUGGGGGCCUUCUCAGGAAGAAGACCCCCGGGGAGCACCCAGACAACGAGGGAGGCCCAAAGGCCAAGUCCAGGCAGGAACUGAUUGAGGAGCUCAUCCGCAAGUCCAAACAGGAGAAGAGGGAGCGGCAGGUGCUAAAGGAGGAAGCGCAGGAGCUGACGGAGAAGCUGGACCAUGAGUGGAAGAGCAUCCAGACGCUCAUGGUGCAUAAGAGGCCCAAAGCUCAGCAGGAGGAGAUGCCAAAGGAGAAACCAAAGAUGGAGGAGUAUGACAAGAUGGUGAGGGAGCUGGGCUUUGAGAUGAAGGCGCAGCCCUCGGAGAAAAUGAAGACCCCCGAGGAACUCGCUAGGGAGGAGCGUGAGAAGCUGCAGAAACUGGAGGCUGAUCGACUGAGGAGGAUGAUGGGUGACGACGAGGCGGCAGUAGCACCGAGCCGUAAUCACGUAUCGGCCGACGACAUCGAUGACGGAUUCAUCCUGGACAAAGAUGACAAGAAAACUUUAGCCUAUGAGGAUGGCAAAUGGAACCUUGGCGAGGAGCCAGCUGAAGAUGGAGAAAAAGGUGAAGAGGAAAAAUCUGAGGAAGAAGAGGAAGGUGAUGGUGGCAGCAAUGAGGAAGAUGAAGAAGAGGGGCAUGGUGGCAACAAUGAGGAAGAAGAAGAUGAGGAAGAGGAUGAGGAGGGGGAGGAGGAAGAGAAUGGUCAUUCCGACUUGGAGUCGGCGUUAGAAAGUGAGGAAGAGGAGGAAGGUGUGGAGAUCAAACCGAAGAUGAGCGAAGAGGACAGAAAGGCGCAGCAGGAAGCAGCCAAAGUGGAACUUCCGUACACGUUCGCCGUUCCAGAAAGCUUCCAAGAUCUCCAAAAGCUGCUUCGCGGUCACACCCCUGACAACCAGCGCCUCAUCGUAGCCCGAACUCAGAAGUGCAACCACCCCAGUGUGGCUGAGGGGAAUAAGCUCAAACUGCAGAACCUGCUGGGUUUUCUGUUGGAGUACCUUGGAAUACUGGCCUGUCGGAGUCCGCCUGAACUCACCACUGUUGACAAGCUAAUCCCAGAGGUGUACAGCUUGUGCCAGAUGUUUCCAGAAGCAGCCUGUAGAUCCAUGCAGACCAUCAUUGGAGAUGCCGCUCACAGCAUGGAGGAAGCGGUCGAACUCAAAGGGAAAUCUCCCUUCCCAACACUAGACAUGCUAAUUCACCUGAAGGUGACAGCGUUGCUGUUUCCUACGUCUGACUUCCGACAUCCCGUCACCACACCAGCGCUGCUUUACAUUGGCCAAGCUCUCACCAAGUGCUCGGUGAAGUCCUUAGAGGACGUGACGUCAGGUUUAGUGUUGUGCUGUCUAGCAGUGGAGUACGUCUCUUUUUCCAAGCGCUUCCUGCCUGAGCUCAUUAACUUCCUAUCCGGAACGUUGCACCUAGCUGCGCGGGACAAGACCUCCUCCGCAGUAGUAGUUCCACCUUUUCGAAGCACGGGGAAAUACAGCAAUCUGCUGGUGUUGUCGGACCCAGAAUCCUGGAAGAGCUGGAGUAGGAAAACCCUGCCGCUGUCUGCCACUCGCCACGUCACGUUAAAGAAUGAUGUGGACGCAGAUCACUACAGGUUGACAUGCUUGUACACGUGCUUGGAGUUGGUGAAGAGAUGCUGUGUGCUCUACAAGGACCUGCCGUCCUUCACACAUAUUUUUCAGCCAAUCACAGCGCUGCUCUCGCGACACCUCUCCUCCAACCUUUUACCAGAGUCUUUAACGGAUCUUCAAGCGUCGGUUCUGGAGGUCCUCGGCGGUGCUCCGCUAGCUCGCAGUCGUCUGGUAUUCGAUAAGAAGAAGCCUGUCCCUCUGAAACUGUUUACACCGAAGAUCGUGCAGGUGUUGGAUUACGGGAAGAAGCGUGGCACGACCAGGGAGCAGAAAGAGCAUCACAGACUGCAGCACAAGUAUAAGAAAGAGUUCAAGGGAGCGCUGAGGGAGAUCAGGAAGGACACUCGCUUCCUGGCCCACGAGAAACUCAAUGAAGUCAUGACAAGGGACGCGGAACGGAAGAGGAAGGUAAAGGAGCUUUUCGGCAGCUUGGCCACGCAGGAGGGAGAGUGGAAGGCCCUCAAGAGGAAGAAGAGGAAAUGAGCCCUCCUGACUCACAUGGACGGUUCUGUACUUUUUUUCCCUUUUUUAAUGACCUCACUUUUGAUGUCAAUUUGACAUGUGCACGACACACUAGGCAUGUUACAAUACACAUCGCUCAAUUUGAUUAGCAAAUGCCUUUUUAAGAACAACAUACAAAUGUAUAUACUUUUUACAUUGCAAAUAUGCAGAUAUGCAAUUUGCAGGUAGAAAUUGGUUGAGUAUUAUGUCGGUUCAAAUUUGUAAUAGACAUAGAUAUGCCUAAUGUACGAUGCAUAAUAACUACCAACAUGUAAAUUAAAAACUGUAUGCCGUAAUUAACGCAUCUCAGCAAA